AAUUCCCGAUCUUCUCGGAAUCUUCCAUUGCUUAUUUGCUGGGGUUUGAAGAUAAUUAAAAUGAAUGAAUCCUUAUUCCUUGUGUCCUUGUGUUAUUCAGGCAACUAAUGCGGAAAACGUUUCACGCGAAUCAAGUUGUAAACGUCAUUAGCAACUUUUUAUUUAUUUAUCCAUUUUUAUUAAAGUAGCGGUUUGGUUUAGUCCAUUUCCCAUUAAUGGCUAUGGAGAUUUUUUCCUAAAACCUUUCCGGAGUGUAUACGAACUGGAAGAAGUAACGCGUAUACAUACACCACCGUGUUAUCAAAAUGCCCAGCAAUGAGGUGAAACAAAGGAAGAAAACAACACCGUCAGGUAAACAAAAUGAAGAAACAGAAGAGAAGACGAAAUUGAAAGAGGAAAAAGUGAAACAAGCUGAUUUAACGGGAAAAACGGAGAAUCGUGUUUCUUCUUCUGGAGUGGACAUAAAGACAGUGACUUGUCUUUUGUCUUUAAUUGUGUCUCUUGCACUUGCAUGGUUUGUGUUGCAGCAAGCCAAGAAGUUUGCAGAUGUGGAAGAAAAGUACAAUGAGUUGUACAAGAAAACUAGAGAUAUCCAGAGUCUGGAAAACGAAAUCAACCAAGUUUCUAAAAAGUUUGAAAAUACCCAAGCGCUCAUGAUUAAACUAAGAGACCAUCCACUACCCGCUCACGUAGAAAAUCUGGAAGGAGACAUUGAAAAACUGAAAAAGUGGUCAUCCAACAUUACAGAGAAGCGAGCUGAGCUGCAGGAAAACCUGACUGCUCUCUCUGGGGCUGUUGGGAAGAUAGAGCAAAGCACUGCCACCAUUGCUAAAGACAUGUCUAUGAAGGUGUCUGCGGUGAAGACUGACGUGCGACGCAUAUCUGGUUUGGAGUCGGACGUGUUGGCAUUGGCAGAUUCUACACAGGUACUGGAAGAGAAGGUGAAACAAGCAGAGAAAAUGAUGGUUCAGAAGAUUGGUGACCUGCUGGCAGGCAGCAUCAACCGAAUGACUGAGCUGAAGAGUUCCACAAGCAGGAAUGCUAAUAAAAUUGACUCUCUCAAGAAGAAAUAUGCCGAGCUGAAGGCUGAAGAUGGCAAACUGACAGACCGACUUUUAAGUCUGGAGAGCGGACGAGCUAGGCUGGUAAGGACAGUGACAUUUGCUAAUGACUUGAAACCCAAAGUGUUUGCCAUCAGAAAGGACUUUGCCCUGUUGGAGCCCCGGGUGAGUGACCUGACCUUUAGGAUCGGCAGACUGGCUUCUGAUCUCUUACGAAAGGAGCAGGAUAUUGCUUUACUGAAAGAUACCUUUUUCAAUUUAACUGUUGUUAAAACAGAUCUCCAGAAUGUAAAGCAACAGCUUACUGAGAUGCCAGAAGUUAGUGAUAUUCAUUCUCAGACAAGCCUACCGUCAGAAUAAGCAUUUCAUUUUGAUUUGUUUAGAUUGACUAGAAUCAACUCAAAAUUAAAAACACAAAUUCCCCUUUAGACUAUUUCUUUUAAAGUAUGCAUGGAACUUCAAAAUCAGUUUUAAAAUUUCUAAGUAAAUACUGUACUCCCGUAUGGCCUCCUAAGCACCUGAAUGUUUGAAAAAAAUACAUAUACUUCUAAGUGUUUAGUAUGAUGCAGAAAAUAACACAUUCCCUUAAAUGUGGGUAGCAAAAACAGAUUUCAUGGAGAAAUUAUGUAAAGCCUGCAUAGAAAAUCUGUUUUAAUGUUAUUAUUUUACAACAAUGGCCAUUAAAGUAAUGCCUUGAAGCCCUGAAAUAAUUUACAAAAUAUGUUGUAUGGUACAGGCAGUAAACUAUUGAUUGUCAAAGUGCCUGCUGUAUAUUCCUCAUAAUAAUGACAUCCUAAGGCGCCAGCCACAGCUGUCAUACCCCCAGUUUUAAUGGUGGCAAACAGUAAAUAAAAGAUUGCUGUGUAAAUCCAUUAUUUAUUUUAAAAUCCCAAUGUCUUUUUUUUUUGUGGUGACCAAAAUAUGUUUAUUCCAUUUGUCAUUUUUGUAAUAAAAACUACAUGUCAAAAUGUCUGUGAGAAUUUGUUGAAAACCUUGUUUAUCAUGGAAUCCCUGUAGCUGUUAGUUCAAAUAUGCAGGGUUGUAUAGAAUUAAAAUGCAACUAAAUUGCACUGCACUGUGCUUUACCCCUAUUCUGUGCAGCUUCAGUGACGUUUAACUGCAGUUCUUCUUCUGGCUGCAAACAACUAGAAGAGCAUUAUGUUUUGCUCAAACUAAAUGCGAGUAGUCAUUUGUUUGUUUUGUUAUUGACGUGGACAUACAAAUUAAAACAUUGGCUGAAAUCUGUAUUGAUUUAAACAACUCAUAUUUCAGUCAUCCUGACAAUCGGCUCAAUUAACACAUCACUGAGAUCAAGCUUUUACUUACAGUAGCUGUUUCCUGUAUGCUCAGUCUGUUUCACAUGGCUGCGUUCUUGCUGUCGGCAUACGUUAGAUUCCACUUUGUGUGCAAACCGCUUGCUUGCGAGAUACCUUUCUAAAGGCUAUAACAAUCAAUUGAGGGUCAUCCCUCAGGGUUCACAGAAGAAUGUCCUUAGCCUUACUUGUCAUGGAUAUAACAACUUUCGCAAAUGGCCUUAUAAUUUGCUACUAGCAAUGCAUUUUUAUACAUUGUAUUGAACCGCUUGUCUAACUGUGGAAAAACUUGCAAUGGGCCUUCAAAGUUGGUGAUGAAACAUGUCAAGGACCUUCUUCAGCACAAAUUAUCAUUGUAUUAUAAUCUCUCUUGCCUGUAUGUCAGUCUGUCUGUCUGCAUGUCACACUUGUCUCACACUGUGGCAAGGCAACAGCCCUGCCCAUGUAAGUAAUGUGUGUGGGGCAAUGUAAGGUUGGCAGGGAAGGGAUUAAUUUGGGAGUGGCCACAUAUAUAAGGAAGGCGAAAUCCUGUUUGAGUUUUUGAUCUGUGUGGGGAGAUCUGUUAAACGAAGGUAAAUGCCCAGCUUGACAGCAGUUUUUUUUGUACAUUUUGUGUAUUUUGUUUAAGCUUUUAUUUUGGCCCUUGUGUCUGUGUAUUUUUUCCUGCUUUUGUUAUUUUUGUUAAAUUAAAUGUGCACAACAGUGCUUCACUGCA